AUGACAUCGCCUAUUCAGCCUCCCAUCGACUUACCAUCCAUGGCAAGACUGCCAACAAAGCUGUUACUACGCUCUCUAGUCCUGACCUCUCUCAUGACAUCUAAAAUUUUCCUGAAACCUGCAUUGGCGACAUUGAAUGUUCUCAGCACCUCCAAAUCCCCCCUGUUGAACGCCGAUCGAAACCCAGUCCUUAAUAAACUUCUCCGAUGGACUGUCUAUAAUCAUUUCUGCGCUGGGACAAAUCACCAGGAGGUUUCAAAAACCGUGGCGCAGAUAAAGGGUAUCGGAUAUCAGGGUGUGAUUUUGGGUUACUCCAGAGAGGUUGUUCUUGCUCCAAGUGAUAGGCUGGCUUCCAAUCAUUCUGGUACCCCGACUUACAGUGAUAAGUCCUAUGAGACUGUGGAAGAAUGGAAGAGCGGCACACUUGAGACUCUGCGGAUGGUUGGAUCCGGUGACUUCCUUGCUGUCAAACUCACGGGUGCCGGUCCAAUCUCCCUUGAUGCUAUGGCGGCGAAGAGGCCCAUGCCAGAAGUCAUGGUCAAAGCGAUGGAUGAGAUUUGUCUUGCGACGAAAAAACAAGGAUCUCGCCUUUGGCUGGAUGCCGAACAGCAAGUUCUGCAGAAUGGAUUGGAUAACUGGGCAAUUGAAAUCAUGCGAAGACAUAACAAUUCGGAAACUCCUUUGGUCUAUAACACUAUCCAGGGAUAUCUGAAGGCAUCUAAGGCAAACCUCGACCACCACAUUACCAUCGCUGCGCGAGAGGGAUGGACUUUGGGAAUCAAAUUAGUUAGAGGAGCUUAUAUCGAGCACGAAACACGCGCCCUUAUCCAUGAUACAAAAGAGGAAACUGAUGAGUCUUACGACUUGAUAGCGGAUACGAUGCUGUGCCGACGAAUACCAGCAGAUGUGAAGGACUUGAAAUUUCCCAACGCUGCACUCUUUCUUGCAACACACAAUGCGGCCAGCGCUGCAAAGGCAAUUGCUACCCACCAACACUUACUUCUUGCGCACAAACCGACUGUCUUACUGGAAUGUGGUCAGAUCCAAGGUAUGGCAGACGAAUUGAGUUGCGAGUUAGUGCAAAACUACGAACGUGCUUUGAAGGAAUCUUCUGCUGCGAAUAUUUCAGUGCCUAAAGCUUUCAAAUGCAUGGCUUGGGGUUCAGUAGCGGAAUGUAUGCAGUACCUCCAUCGUCGGGCGAUUGAGAACAAGGGUGCAGUUGAGCGCACACAGCAUAUGGUGGAUGCAUUAAGACGGGAGCUGUGGCGAAGAAUUUUAGGUUAG